ACGUUAGCUACCUUCCUACGUUUUAUAAGUGGUGAAAUAAAUAAGCAGUUGACCCGAACAGAUAGCUCGGGGGACAGUGGAUGCUUGGGCGACAUAUGGACAGUUUCCCUGAACCCGUUGCUUUCAGGUAUAUCAUCUCAUAACAUUAGCUAACACAACAACUUUAUUAAAUGCCUCAGAAAACACUCGCAGUAGCCGGUAGUCAUCAGAGGUAACUAGGUGACUAGGGAGACGUGUGGAAGCGGUCUGAAGAGGAAGGCUCCUGCCCGUUUCUGGACGUCCAUCUCUCCAGCCUACCUUCAUCACGUCCUUCCAUCACCGCCCUCCCCAGCCAUGGAUCCCCCGAGGACUCGGUCACGGUCUCGGUCUGGUUUCUAUCAUUUCGGCAACGGUGGGAGUAAUGGCAGUGGUAACGCAGUGGGUAACGGGAGCAUGAUGAACGCCAGCGGAGGUGGAGUGAGCUACCCGCAGCAGAGCAACCCUGGCUGGGCGCCACACCACGGUGGCCGUAGCUACCCGGAGAGCCAGCAGCAGCACACCCAGGGGAGCUACCUGUCCGCAGGGGCACAGCGCCACUCCUCACACGGAGCCCACAGACACCUCGGGGCCGGAGGAGUGCUACAUUUCCAUCCAGAUAAUGUGUGCAAUGAUGAUCGAGACAAAAUGGAAGACAGCCCAAGCCCUAAAAGGCAGCGUCUUUCCCAACAGACCAUGUUGGAUCUUAACUCCGCCCCUCCCUCUACUCCUUCCUCUCCCAUCCGUCCCUGGGAGCUGCCUCCCAGUCGCAGACCACACCCCCACUACAUGCCAGAGAGAUGCCACACGCCUGUUCGCAACAGACGCAGCCCUCCAAUGAGACGCCAACGUGGCCGAAGAGACCGUCUGACCCGCCACCACAACCACCAUGCCCACAACAACCACCACCACUACAACAGCAACAAUAACAACCACCAUCACCACCCCAACGCGCACCAUCAUCAUCACCACCACCACCUGCACUCCCACCACGGCCUUUCUCCAGGCCACCAGGAUGAGAACUAUCGUCACCAGGCUCCCACUCAGGGCUACCCACCCUAUAACCAGCAACCGUCCCGAGGGUUGGGGCCCGGGCUUGAAGAGCGCCCAGGCCACCAUCCCCAAAAUCCCUCCCCCAGGCCUCUCCACCAGUCACCAAACCUGUCUCCCAGGCUGCUGCACCCUGCGGCCCAUCCACAGCACCAACACCAACACCCUCACCCACACCCCCACCCAUCACAGCAGAGCAGUGUGGUGCUGGACCUCCAUGAGCAGGGUUCAGCUCCAGUAUCGUAUGCUGUGUCUCCUCCGGGAGUGCCACCAGGCCUGCCGCCGCGCUCCACUCCUCAGCAGAUUCCGGCGUGCUCCGUAGUCUUUAGUGGACAGCACUACCCUGUCUGCAGUGUACCUCCUCCUGUCCUUCAGACUUGUUCUGUGCAACACUUACCCAUGCCCUACCCAUUCCCAUCCCUGCUGUCCAGUGACCAGGCUUUCCUGCUUCCCCCUCCUCACCUCCCCCAUCCCCCAGCACACCUUUCCCACCACCCACCUCACCUGCCUCAGCCUGGACAGUUCGGACCCUAUCCGACGCAGCAGGCCCGCUCGCCGUUACAGAGGAUAGAGAAUGACGUGGAGCUGCUUGGAGAACACCUGUCUUUGGGUGCUGGUCUUCACUACCCCCCCGCCACCCACCCUGCCCUCACACCACAUUCCACACAACUUCACUUCCUCUCCCAUGACCCCCUGCCACAGGAGUUUUUCGGAGUGUCCUAUCCAAACUUUAUUCCGCGGCGUCUCCCGGGGCGACGGUACCGCUCGCAACAGCCACUGCCACCUUCGCCUUACCACCCCAGCCUCCUGCCUUACUUCCUUUCAAUGCUGCCAGUCCAGCCCACAGGUCCUGCAAUCAGUCUAGAGCUGGAUGUAGAUGAUGGAGAAGUGGAAAAUUAUGAGGCCCUCCUGAACCUCGCUGAACGUCUGGGGGAGGCCAAACUUCGUGGACUGACGAAGGGAGACAUCGAACAGCUUCCUUCCUACCGGUUCAAUCCAAAUAACCACCAGUCUGAACAAACACUGUGUGUGGUGUGUAUGAGUGAUUUUGAGUCCCGCCAACUGCUGCGAGUCCUGCCCUGCAGCCAUGAGUUCCACGGGAAGUGUGUUGACAAGUGGCUGAGGGCCAACAGGACAUGUCCCAUUUGUCGGGCCGACGCCUCAGAGGUCCAGAGAGACUCAGAGUGACCACAUGGGGGAGCCAGAUGCUCCUAAUGGUCUACAUUACCUGCUUCUGAUAUAUUGAUACACAUGUAUGUGCAUACACACACACACAAAAACACACACACACCACUUCCUAGGGUUUUUGUGCAGCACUUUCUGCUCGUUAUUAUCCUUUAAAUCUUUGAUCUGAUUUUCAUCACAGGUAUGUUACUGUCUGUUCACAUGAAUGCAGGCCCUCACAUGUUUUGUGAAUUACACCCUUCCUGACCACUAUUCUGCUGUGCUGUGGUGUGCGUGAGUGUGUAAACGUACAUGCACCACAUCUGUGCAAGCGGCGUUUGGUCAGCACUGCUAUACCGAGCUGUGGUACACGACUGUCUGUUUUCAGUGUAUGUGGGUGUGUAAGAGAUUUUAAAGGUCCUGGGGCAUGCCUGAGUUUCUGUUGUGUAGCAGACAAGAGUAAUGACAGAGAGUUUUUGCUCUCAUAAAAGACUGACUUUACUUCCUGUUUGUACGUUUAUGCACUGUCUGUCUGUAUGCAUACUCCGUGUGUGUAUGUAUGUUAUAGACUUAAAUCCUUUUCUCUAGUUUGACACUAAGGGUCCAUGCUGCCACUAUAUUUCUUGGUUGCCUAUUUGAUCCAUUUGUUUCUGUAGAUUAUUAUUAUUAUUAUUAUUAUUAUUAUUAUUAUUAUUAUUAUUAUUGUUAUUAUUAUUAUUGUUAUUGUUAUUGUUGUUGUUGUUACUCAACCAUUAAAAGUGAUUGUUUUCCUGCCUGGCAGUUACCUCAUCAUUCCGGUUUUGAUCAUCUUUCAUUACAAGCGCUUCACAGCACUACUUUGAAAUUAAGCACAUUUAUAUAUUUUUGUUUUCUUUCUUUUCUUAGUAAAAUAACUUUUGUUUGUGACUUUGCAGUGGCACAUGUGUUACAUAUAUACAUAUAUCUAUAUAUAUACUGUAUAAAUCUAUGAAUAUCUGUAUACCAAAUAAAAGGCUUGAUAUUAACUUUUUACUAU